AUGGAGUCACAGAAUGUUAGUACUGAAAAUGGUACUACGCAACAACAACAAGACGAAUUAAACAAUCAUCAACAAGUAGUUGACAAUGAGAGUACUGAAGAAACUCAAGUAACUGCUAAUAACAACAUAGAAAUGAAUCAUACAGAUAAUAACAACCAUAGACAAACUGAACAACAGGAACAAGAACAACAAUCACAGCAACAAGCACACCAACAACAACAGCAACCAGAACAAAGACAAACACAAGAUAUACCUCAAAUUGAAAUUGAUUCUCCUGUCAAUAACAAUAUUAAUAAUGUAAAUAGUAUAAAUACAAAUAAUAGUAAUAAUAGAUAUAGAGAUAAUAAUAAUAGACAGUCACCUUCGCCACCUUUACAGUCACAACAACAGCAACAAUAUAAUAGUUUAAACAUUAAUAAUAAUAAUAGUAAUAAUAGAAGUAGUAAUUAUAAUAGAGUUAAUAAUAAUAAUAAUAAUAAUAAUGUACAACAGAGUAAUAACAGUGGUAAAGAUAGAGAUAUUGCUAUUAAUGAGAAUCAAGAUACAAUGUUUGAUCGAUUCGUCAACUCUGCCUACAACACACCGCCACUUGGCAACGCCAGUUUCUCCGCCAUCCAAAAGCGACAGAGAGUUGGUGCAUUCGUCGACGUCCUCCUUUCACUCGCCAAGAAUGCAAUGACACUGCCACUCGAUGUACUCAUGACUCGUCUUAUUGUCCACCGAUUCUACAAAUCCGACAACCUUCAUUACAUCAACGAUUGUACACUCAGUGGAAUCUGCAAGAACGAAGGAAUUAUCAAAGGUUUAUAUGCUUUGACUAACUUUCGAAUCACUUUCGAAUCACCAGUUAUAAAAGUUAGAUUAAAUAUUAGAAAUAUUGGAUUUUUCAAGACUCUAAGUACAAUUUAUCGUAGAGAAGGAAUCAGAGGAUUGUUUUCGGGAUUGAAUACCUAUUUCGUUUUGUUCCCACUGUGGAUGAUUGGCAUUUUGUUUGCCAAUGUCAUUUUUAUCAAGUUGAAACAGAUGUUGGAGAGAAAUGCCGAUCUUACUCGACGUCGUCGAUCUUCAUCCAAGUCUGGAUUGUACUCUACUGACAACUCACAGCCAUCUGGCAUGGGUGUCAUGGCUCUUUCACCAAUGGUCGGAUCCGAUGACGAACACAGCGAAUCAGAAGAUGAAACCAUCUCUUCAGACACCGACGAAACACCGAAUCAAGGUGAUGACUCAAUCAAUGAUAUCGAUAAACGAUCAUCACCUAUCACAACAACUACAACAACAUCAACAACAACCACCAAUAGAAACAUAUAA